AUGCGAAUUUAUUUAUUGAUUUUUCUUCAAGCAGUGCGAACCGAAUCCGAGAUUCCCCGAAUUGGCUCAUGGGAAUCGAAUCAAAAAGCAACAAAUUUACAACAACAUUCGGGUUUCUUCGACACGUUGAGGGGUCUUUUCGAUGGGGAAAAUGGUUUCAAUUAUGAGCAGUUAAAAAACGCGGCUGUGAACUACAUCGGCUCCGGGAACAGCACCGUCAUUCAAGGGCUUCGGAAUAUGGUACUCGGCGAGAAAACGGAUGCUCAACUCGGCGACAAAGUGGAGAGUGUCAAAGAUGAAUUGUCGGGUCAGGGAAAAUCGGCGCUAGAAGAGAUCAUGCGUUUCCUAGGCGACACCAAUAAUUCGGAUUCAUUUGUGCACGAGAUGAUCAAGAAAGUUUUGGGGCAACAAACGAGUGAAGAUCAGUCUCACCUCUCACGGCUCUUCCAAGGGAAA